CUCCAAUCAUCAAGUCUUAAAAGAAAGAAAGGUUCAUGUACAUCAUCACAAAUAUUAACAAAGUGACAACAGAAUAGGAUUCGUUCAGCUCUGUAUGUGAUGAAUACACGGUUUUACGAAAAAGAUCGACGGGAAUAACAUAGAUUGCAUUUCAACCUAACACAACACCCACCUACGUCAACUCUGACCAAUCAAAAAAAUAUUCUAACUUCACCAAACUAGUGUCCAUCAAUACACAGCGUGAGCGUGUGAGGAGAAACAAUCCUAAAGAAUGUAGCAUAAAACAUAUAUAUCAACUAGAGUUUAAACUCCGGGCAUUGGAAAGAGUCUUUAUUCAGAUUCUGCUACUUUUCUUUGUAAACAAUAUCUUGAGCCUCGAGGGAAUCCAAAGGAGGAAGGUUAUCUAUAUAAACAAACCAUGAUGCAGUAGCCUUCAUAAUCAUACUAAAGCCUGAUAUUUGUUUAUCUUUUUACCCCCAAAACAUAUACAUGUCGAAUUUGAGUUUCCUAAGGUUCAACUAUAGCUUCUCAUGGAAGCCCUCCUCUUCACGGAAUCAUUUAGCCCAGAAGAACAGCUUCAUUUCAAGACAGACAUCGAAUAAUGAAGGACAAAGUUUCCGACCAAAAGAAGAGGAAAUGAAAUGGGUGUUCCAGAAAUUUGACACCAACAAAGAUGGCAAGAUCUCACUUGAAGAAUACAAGGCUGCUGCAAGGGCUUUAGAUAGGGGCAUUGGGGAAGCUGAAGCAGCGAAGGGUUUUAGGGUGAUGGACUCUGAUGGGGAUGGCUUCGUUGACUUCAAAGAGUUCGUGGAGAUGGUCAACGGAGAGGGUAGGAUUAAAGAAGCGGAUAUCAAGAAUGCUUUUCAAUUGUUUGAUUUGAACGGUGAUGGGAAGAUCAGUGCUCAGGAGUUGUCCCAAGUUCUCAAGAGGCUAGGAGAGAGUUGCAGCCUUAGUUCAUGCAAAAAAAUGGUGAAAGGAGUGGAUGGAAAUGGAGAUGGUUUCAUUGACUUGAACGAGUUUACGAGGAUGAUGAUGAAUGGGCAGAAACUAGGCUAAGUGUUCUGUGUUUCUGUCAUUCGUGUCUUAAGAAAUAUUUUCUUUCUUUUUCUUUUCUUGAGUGCUACAGUAGUUUGUUGGUCAUAUGUAUGAGAUUAACAUAGUAACAGGUGUAAUGGUUCGUAUGUAAAUGUAUAUGGUAAAUGUUAUAAUGUUAUUCUGUCUUUGAUUCCCU